UCGAUAUUUAUUCCUCACUGGCUAAUGGAAAUGUCGAAUGUUGUCUAGAAAGCACAGACAUUUACUGACAUAGAUACGAUCAGAUACGUGGAUUAAAAUGAGCACGAAACAUCUAAGUACCGAUUCGGCACUGCCGCCUCUCGUGCCCGACAAAAUACGUCUAUACAGUAUGCGCUUUUGUCCAUAUGCGCAAAGGAUACACCUGAUAUUGGAUGCCAAACAAAUUCCGUACGACGUAGUAUAUGUAAAUUUAACAAACAAACCAAAUUGGUUGAUAGAAAAGAGUCCUCUUAAUAAAGUUCCUUGUAUCGAACUGGAAGAAGGAAAAACAUUAUAUGAAAGCCUAAUUAUUGCUGAAUAUUUAGAUGAAGCUUAUCCUGAAAAUAAGUUAUUUCCUAGUAAUCCGUUGGCAAAAGCUCAGGAUAAGUUAUUGAUUGAUAGAUUUCAUGCGGUAAUAUCAUCUAUGUACAAGGCACUUUAUCUAGAAGCGGAAUUAGCGCAAGAUAUGUUCAAUGACGUAUUAAAUGAUUUACAAUUUUUUAAUCGGGAAUUGGUAGAGAGGAAAACUCCUUUCUUUGGAGGCAAAGAACCCGGUAUGGUAGAUUAUAUGAUAUGGCCGUGGUACGAAAGAGCAGAUGUACUAAAAUUAAUAAAAGGGGAGCAAUUUACCAUACAAAAAAAUUCUGUCCUGCAAUUGAUUGAAUGGAUAGAUGCCAUGAAAGACAAUCCUGUAGUGAAGAAAAGUUUUCUAAAAACUGAAAUACAUGCCAAAUAUGUACGCAGUCGUUUAGCUGGGACACCUCAGUAUGAUUUCAUAUGAUCCAUUCCAUCUUGCGAUAUUUUAACUUCAAGCGUUAUAUCACUCGUAUCUUACUAUUUCAACCAUAGCAAAUUAUAUUUUAUAUAGCCAUAUAAAUAUAAAUAUAUAUAU